AGCGGGUUUAGGCUUCGGGGGCGAAAGACGGCGGGGAGGGCUGCCCCAGGCAAGCGGUUGCCCCCUUCUUUAUGUGGGGAGAGAAAGAAAGGGCGAAUGGGGAGUGAGCCCCUUGUCUCUCGUUCUCUGGGACCCAUUGGCCUCAGUAGUGCCCUGGGGGCUUGUUCCUUAUCCCGCAAUUGUUGUGUGCCUUCGGGUCCUUUCUGGCUCAUUGCCACCCGAUCAUGGGGGCCUCCUGAGGCUGAGAGAGUGUGACUCACCCAAGGUCAUAGAGCCACACGUAAAAGGGAUCGCCGUGGCUCUCGAACAACAAGGUCGGCGGCAGAAAAAGGAAACAUCUGGUUCGUAAAGGACAGGGAAUCGUCCUCGCUGUCUUAGCCAUCCAAAGCGGACAUUUCCUGCUAGUUUGUGGAGAAAGGUCCAAGACGGAGCCAGCCUGGACACUUUGCGAUGGGUCGACAAAGCUUUUCCUAUAAUGAAACCUAGGCCCUUCCCAAUGCCUAGGAUAAGAGGGGCCUCUUUUCACCAGGUUUUGGGAAAGCAGCCUCACACGCUUCAAUCCAGUUCCACAACAAACCCAGUCUUCUUUGCUUGGGGCAACACUGUCUGGAGUUUCGCUAUGGAUCUAGUGUUCCUGGUUAUCAAUGGCAUGGUAAUGAUUUUGGAUUUCAUGCUUAUCUUGCUGGAUAUCAACUUUUUCCUCGUUUCCACCUUGGUUUCUGCUCUGGUCUGGCUAGUUGCAUUUGUUUACAACUUGCCCAGUACCUUGGUAGCCUGUGUGAUCCAGUGCUGUAAUGGCAUUGGGUUGGCUUUGUUAUGCAUAGCUGAAGCAGUGUAUUACUUGACUCUGGGCUCUGUGCACACCAUUUUCAAUCUGCUGCGGAGCCUUUGCUCCACCAUGGAAAGCUUGAAAUUAGUGGGCCACUUGUUUACUCACAUGACACUGAAAAGCAAAGAAAUUAUGCACCGGAGUUUCUGGAAUCUGGUUGGUUCCGGCCAGUCGCUUCUGAGGCAAGUUUGUGAAGUCUGCGCUAUUGCCAUGAGCCUCGUGGCUUAUUUAAUCAACAGUAUCAUCAACAUCUGCCUCAUUGGCACCCAGAAUCUUUUCUCCCUGGGGCUAGUCCUAUGGGAAACUGUUGCUGGCCCAUUUUUGAGAGUCACAGAUAUCUUUGCUGCCUUUGUUGCACGUCUUUCCAGCAGUGCCAUUGCUAUGGUUAUCCUGUUGUGGACUCCUUGCCAGCUGGCCUUUGAUUUUGUGGCUUCCAUGAGCAAGUUGCUGAUUAACAUCUUCUUACUCAACCUUUAUGGCUUGGUGUUGCUGUCUGUGAUUGUUGCUGCCAGCAUCUUAAUCCUUAAUCCCCACCUGACAUGGACAUUGGCGACCCAGGUGUCAAACUACUUGAAUACCAUGCCUUCUUACCACCGCCUGCUCAGGGACUUGCGGCGCCUCUAUCAGGUGAUACUCUUGUCACUGGAAAUGGUCCUGAGCUCGCAAGCUUGGCGUAGGCUGGCUGAUUGGAGUCUCCAGAUGGCCAGUUGGAACAGAGGCAUUGGAGGGGCAAACCACCAGGGAGAACGAGAGCAGCCUUUUGCUAUUGAAGCCAACCAAGGAAGACCAGGAGUAGCUGGUGUAAUUCAGAGACAAGCUCCCCCUGGCAUAGCCCAUCUGAGAAGACAAGGGGCACCUCUGGCCAGUCAGCAGGCUGCAGCUCAUGCCCGCCAAAGAGCCAGCAGGGACCAGCCUAGAACAGAUGUUGACCUGGGGUCAGGGCAUCAUCUUCAGCCUCAAGACGAAGGACCAAGCACAUCAUCUACCAAACCUGCAACCAAGGAGCAGCUCAAUGCUCUGGAAGAGGACAGCGAUCCAUGGCUGCUUCUCAAAGAACAAGAGGAGCGGAAGAAAUGUGUCAUUUGUCAGGACCAAACAAAGACAGUCCUGCUGCUUCCCUGCAGGCAUCUUUGCCUCUGCCAAGAAUGCACUGAAAUCCUGCUACAGCAGGCUAUAUAUCAACGCAACUGUCCACUUUGCCGGCAGAUGAUCCUGCAGACUCUCAAUGUCUAUCUGUGAACUUUGUGAGAGACAGUUUUAUCCACAUUCCAUCAGACUGUUCGUGUAUAUUGGCCACAGCACAUGUCUCUGGCCUUUGUACCUGCUCCUUUGAGUGGAGAUCAGUUCUGUGCUGAUAAUCUAUUGGCACUGGUUACUCUUUUUCUUUCCAAAUAACUAUUGUAAUUAAUGGAACUUUGAAAACACUAUAAGUGGUUUCUAUGCACUUCUGUUUUUACUUUCUUCUUGUUGCCAUCAGAAGGAACAGUAGUGGAUCAGAAUGACUGCUAGGGUGUGGAGGUUUUUAAUUGAGACAUUGUAUUGACUAUUCAGAAGCAGGGCUUGAAAAAUACAGCAUAUACUUGUCAGCCAGAGGUAUAUCACAGAAUUAGUGGCAAGGAACUGGUUGUUUAAAAACAAGAACAACCAAGUACUGUACUGAAAUCCCAGGUAUUUGGAUUUUUCUAUACAUUAAUGUCCAGAAGAAGGGAGGGUAGAUGUUGUUAGACUGCAGCAAUCAUGAGCUUUAACCAGCAUUGCAUUGAUAAGGAAUGCUGGGGAGCUGUAGUCUAACAACUUCCAGAAAGCCACAUAGUCCCUACCCUUCGUCUAGAACAGUGAUUCCCAAACUUUGGUCCUCCAGAUGUUUUGGUCUUCAGCUUCCUGACAGUUGGCCAACCUGGUAGUGGCUUUUGGGAGUUGAAGUCCAAAACACCUGGAUGACCAAAGUUUGGGAACUACUGGUUUAGAACAGAAUUGGACCUGAAUCCUAUUGCUAGUUCCAGCUGAAGCAGUCCCAUUUAAUCAGUUGUUGAAUGGUGAACUAACACACAGGGAAAUAACCAUUUAUGGGUUUACUUCAGUUGGGAAUACCAAUACAAUCCAGAUUUUCUAUAGCAGGAAUAACUUUUAAACAAGUUUGGAAAACAGACUGGGAUAUAUCUAUCUCUUGUAUUUCAUUAUUGGGAGUGUGGUGCCUUCCAGGUGUUUCCCUAUUUCCAGGGCAUUGACAGUGCUGGUUAGGAUGGAAAAGUGUAGUUCAAAAUGUUGGUAGGCCCAGGAGUUAAGGAUCAGCACAACUGCAUGAGUCUCACCAGCAGGCCAGCUUUAUAGAUCUCUAGAGAUCACCAUAGUAAUGCUGUGUGUUUGUGCAGUCUUCUCAUAGGGAUGUCUAUCCUUACAAGCAUUGAUCUGUAGGUGUCUAACUAGUGCUAUCCACAGAAAGGGAUAUGAACUUAGCAUGCAGGGCAGCAUUUCUUCUUCCAAGAAGCACAGCCUCUGUUAGAUGACCCAAAGUCUCCACUGACUGUCUUUUUGAUACGUAAUUUUAAACAAACCUUGAAAGUGGUCCAAAGCAUUUCUCGCUCUUCAGUUUUUCCGUGUCCACUUUUCAGAUCCAUAAGAAAGACAAGCUGGACACCAAAUGUGCCACUGUGGAGCAAACAUGUCUUUCAGCGUAGGUUGCUUUGAAAUUAUCUCAGGAUUUUGUUGCAUCUGUUGGCAUGUAACGUCUACAGGUUAUUGGUGCAAAACUGCCAUUCCAGCCUUGUUGCACAAUUGAUUCCAACUCCCUUGGGUUAAAAAGUGUGUUGCGGGGAGCUGAUAUUAAGAUAACAUUUGGUUUGCUAACAAACAGCAGUGUUCUUUAUCAACAGUGCUGGAGACUUAAUAGUUUGCUUCCAGGCUCUGCUGAAUCUAGAGUGUGGACUGAGAUAGCCAGAGUAAAAGCUUUUUAUGACUCCUUGCCUGUGUUGGAUUUGAGUAGGGUGGUGACUGUGUUAAGAAAGUCACCCUCUAGAUCCCAUGGCUUAAGCCCUAAACGCUGAACCAUUUUGUCCCCUCGGAGGAAGCAGUUUUCCUUCUGCUUGGACAGUUAGGGCACUACCUAUAAGAGGAGGAGGGGACAGUGGUUAGAGUGGGUUGCUUGACUGUCACACUCAGCACAACAGUAAUCUUUAGGGUUAUUUUCUUUCCAGAGCCAGUCAGUAACAUCUAUGGGGCUGUUUCUCAAAAACAGGGCUAUGAGAACAAAUCCAGCCUAAUUAGUUAAGAUAUAACCUCUCUCUUGUUUACAGUGGGAAAUGAGGAAGACGGGAGAUGGCUCACAUAGACACAGAACCAACUACUUUCUGUAAUGGAAAAAGAAAUCGGAGAGGCGUGAAAUCCUGAUUAAUUUGUUUUUGCUCUUUUGGGUUGCUAAAUUAUUGACAGCUGUUCUUGGUGUAAAUGGAGCUGUUAUCUGGAGAGAAUUUUUUGUUGGUAUAUAUUAUUUGUUACUGUUGUGAAAAACAAACAUGAGGUUCCUUUCUGUAUGGGAGCACCCAGCUCAGUGUUUUUUCUGCAUUUUCCAGGGGCAGAAUGCUUAAAUCCCUACCCAAAGAGAAGAAAUCUAUAACUAGGCAUGCCCUGCUUUAUGGUUUGGUUGACGUCAGGGAUGUGGUUACAAGGAAGAAGAGAUGCAAAAAAGCACACUCAGAUAGAACUUCUUGGCACUGACUGAAUCUGGAAAUUUGGGGCUGAGCUGGUGCCUACAAACACCAAUGGAGAACAGGGGCUCUUUCACACUACACUGUUAUAGUGCUAUGUCUCCACUUCAAUUACCGUGACUGCCAGGGGUUUGUAGUUUGGUGAAACACUAGAGCUUUCUGGUAGAAAAUUCUAAAUGGGACUAUGGCAGUUAAAGUGAAAUCAUAGUGCUAUAACUGCGUGGUGUGAAGGGGCUCCGAGAUGCUAACAGUGGAGGUUUCUCUGUCUUGUAGCCCACUAGGAAGGGGCUGCAGCAGGAACCCACAGGCCAGAGGUGUCCCUCUGCCCUGUUUGCCUGGCCAUUUGCAUAGAAACACUGCAUUUUGUUUGAAUUUCCUUUUAGUGUGCAAACCUUGGAAUUAAAUAAGCACAACACUGCUGAAUCAUAAUAAGGAGAGUGUUUGCCAAGCUCUUUGGCAUUGGCUGACCACCACAGCAUCUCUCUGGAUGAUGCGUGCUACUUCUGUUUGCAGCCAUAGGUCUGGUAAUUGGAAAACUGAUUGAAACAAUGGCUAAACUGAGUGCCUUAACAGUGGCAGGUCAGAAGGAAAGAGCGCUGAAAGUGGGAUUUGUUACAAAGCCAGCAAACUCAAGUGAACAUGUAAAUUCCCUGUGUGUCUGUUGGAUUCAGCAUAAGGAACGUAUGCAAGGAUCAAAAAGUGAUUAUAGAAUCAGUUGUACAGUAGUAGUACAGACUAGAUCUGCAAAUACAGCAGAUGGUACAGUCUUGAGGUUGUAUGGUAGGCUAUAACACUUCAUUCUGUAGCUGGGAGUUGUUUUUAUUUUAGCAAUGUUUCCUUGCGGGUCUUUUAUUCUAUUCUAUUUUAUUUUUUAACCAAACAAGUUAAAAAUGAAGGGUUACAUCAGAGAGAUGAAGUUUCCAGAACAAUCUUCCAGCAACUCACUCCCAAGAUGUGUUGGAUUACAACUCCGGUCAUCCCCAACAAGCAUGUUAGGAAUGAUGAAAGCUGUGGCCCAACAUUUCCGACUUGUGGAAGGCUGUUUUGGACUGCUAUGCUCAUGCUAUUUGUGAGAUGUUCCUUUAUUUUUCUUAAAAUGUUGGACAAAUUUCUCCCAGUAGGUUGCAGUCUGAAUUAGUGGCUAAGAUGCAGACCAGAGAUGAUUUACAGGGUUCUGUACUGAGGAUCUGGAGAGACUCUGUGAGAAGGGAGAGCAAUCUAAUUGCGAAGAAUACAAGACACUUUCUCGUCUUCCCUUCAAUUCUGUUUAGAAAUUUUAUUCCCAAGCAGUACAGAGUCGACUGGACAGUGCUGUGGGACAGGAGCAGAACUGGAAAGGAGGAGAGGUCCUUGGUUUUGCAGCCACAGUCCCAUGCUGCUGCACUUGAGGAGCUAGCGGCUCACUUCUGAUCUGUGCCUUUUUCCAACUGGUCUGUUCUUCCCAUCUUUCUGGAUCUUAUUUUGAGGAUGUGUGAUUGCCUUAUAUCCAGCAUCUUUCUGCUCCAGCCCCUCACGCAGUUCCAUUGCAAACGCCUGUCUCAUGCCUCCGUGGGAGCGCUUUGUCUGCUUCUGUGGUCUUUGCACUAUGUUAAUGGUUGUUUGAAAAUUAAAAGCAACCCUUUUUCACACACAAAAAAAGAAGUUUAGUCUGCUGUUCUUACGUGAAUAUAAAUGCAGUAAUGCAAUGUCCCCCUUCUUUCUUUGCAAACAUUCCCUGGUGGUUGAAUGUUUCAAAAAGCCUAAUGUAGGGGUGGGAACCAUGCAGCUUUGAAGAUGCCUAUUCAAAUAUAUGCACCGAGUGUCAUCUGUGCUUCAUUAAACUACUUUUUUUUUUGACAUA